AUGCAUGGCCUGGGAUGUCGUCCAGAUGGGGCCGCAAGACAGCUCAGCAUGACGGAGGCGGUAGUUGAAGAUGGGGACACCCGAUACGACUGCAACCAGGGCAUCGAAGAUGUCAGGCUUUAUUGGGACAUUGAGAAGCAGGCCCACUGCUGUGCAAGGUUUGGACUUGGUUGCCCUGACAAUGCGUUUGAUUGCGAAUCCGGCUACAUGAAUUGGGUCCAUGGUUGGUCUGAUGGCAAAAAGAUAUGGUGCUGCCAACAUACGAACCGCGGCUGCCCACCUACCACCAUUACAGAGACGACCACCAGGACACUCACAAUGACCACCACCUUCCCCGGCUGCAAGAGAUUUUGCACCUUGCAAGACGUCAAGGUAACUUGUGAGGAGAGGAUCCACUUUGCCUCUGUGCACACGUUUCUUGGCGAGGUAUCUCCCUGUCAGCUCGCUCACGAACUCGUCUUGCACGAGUGCGAGGGCCUCUGCGACUUGUGCAGCGUGAGCCAAGCUUGUCUCGGCGCUGCGAAUGUGGAGACGACGACUCCUGCUCCGACCACCCGGAAGCACGAACACAGUGAUGACGGAGCGAUUGCUGCCAAGCCAUUCAACUGCCACGAGGGCCUUGACAUGUGGCAAGUUGUCUGGUUUCCGGCGAAGCAGGAGUGGUGCUGCAAGAACGAGCAACUGGGAUGCCCGAACACCGCCGAGUCCGAGCAAAAGUGGUCUUUGCGAAAGUCGACGGUCUUUGCUGCACGCAGACCGGGUGGGCCGCUUCUAGUAGCACUGGCUGGGCUGGUAGCUGCAAUCCCGAUUGCAUGGCUGCGUUGGAGGCGCCAGCCUACUGGAAACUACGAGGAGCUUAUGGCCGAAUCCAGACUUCAGGGAGAGGUGGAUGAUGAUCAUGAUGGUGCACGCAGGUGCUUCCAGAGUUCCGAUCGGCACUUCUACAACAGCGAGUGCACGUGA